AUGUUAAAGUGGACCGUAGCCGGACAGAGGGGUGGGGGAACGGCGACGUGGAGACAGACAGCGACGGCCGACGAAUCACCGCCGUGUUUUUCAGAAAAGCCACGGCGAAGACGACCGUCCAGGAUGUCGGGAAAGCAUGACAAGGAAAACGCUGAAUGUGUGGACGUGAUGACACCAACAACGAAGACUUGUCGUCGACGUCGCCGGGAAAGCUUGAGAGACGUGAGCAACCACAACAGUCCGGUGGUGCCGGCGUUGCAGAUGUCACCAGGCAGCAGACGAACGAAAAGUCCGUGCACGGAAGUCCAUUGGAUGCCUGUGCAAAAGAGGCGAUCCGGUAACGAUAUAUGUUGGACGGACGACAAGGUGAAGCGGAAAAAGCCGUGUACGGCCGACCACGUGAUUUCUACGGCGUACGAGGCUGUCGCGACGUUAGCCUCCACACCAACAGUAGAAUUUACCUCCACCGUCACCGUCACCUCCAUAGCCGACGAGCAGCUAUGCGUGUCCAUGUCCCCUGCCGAAGAACCAGUUCAGCUGUCACACAAACAAUUGCCCGCGCUACUUAUGGGUCAGCCUCGCACUCAGGCUGAUCUGCGGGCAUCCAGGCUGAUCGAUCGGUACGUGGAUCAGAUCAACAUGGACGACGUUACGUUCGUCCGUGGAAACAGCGAUCGGCUCAGCAUCGUUUCGCCCCUGGCCAAACGACUGGCGGAGAUCCGGUUACGGCGAACUCCCGGGACAACGACRGCGACGGCGACGACGACGGAGACCUGCAAACGAAAACGAUCUUCGACCGACUGCGAAGACGAAUGGCCGGAGACGCCGAUCGCCGGCAAAAAACGGCCCAUCGCCUCGUGGUGGUGGCAGUGUUCGGGCGUCGGUGGCGGUGGUCUCACUCUGCCGGAGGACUUGCCUAGUCCGUUCCACUCAACGCUCAACCGUCACCGCGUCGGCGGCCCACUUCACCAGCGGCGAAUCGGGACGCCCAGCCCCAUAACACCGCUUCACCGGCAGUCGGCCGCCGACGAUUCUGACGACUAUUGGAAAACGCCCGUCGGACCCUCAUUGGCCACCGGCGUCCGCGCCGACCGGCUGCUGUCCACCACGUCGUCCACAACCGUCGAUGACGAGAUCAUUUGCUGCAGUGAUCCUCGCAGUCCGGCCGUAAUGGACGAAACUUUCACGCUCAAGUCUCGUAGAUGUUUGUCUUUCGUUUCGCCGCCACCGUCUGCGUCUGAUUCGUCAGCCAAAAAGCGAAACCGGAAGUCACUAAAAAAACCAUCCUCUGCCACCGCCGACAAAGCUUCCGGCCUAGAAGUAUGUAUUGAAUUGAAAGACUCGACACAUUUAACCGUAUUACUCAAAAGAGGCAGAAAUCUGGUGUGUGCAGAUGGUGAACCGCCAAACACUUAUAUAAAGGUUUACUUGGUACCCGGCAAAGGAACUUGCCACAAAACCCGAGUGCGUCACAAUUCUACCAACCCUCGUUUCGAAGAAUCCUUCUCCGUACCACUUUCUGAGGAAGAUCUGGACAAGAGAAUAUUGAUAUCCGCUUGGCACCGAGACAGAUCCAAAAGGAGAAGCGAAUUCCUGGGCUACAUGUCGUUUGCAGUGAAAAACGUACUCAAAAAAGAAAUAAACGGUACGUUCAAACUCGUACCACAAAGUCCUGGGCGAAUGCCACCGCACUCGACUCCGGCUCAUCGACCACAAGACCUUACCGUGGUUAAGACCGUACACUGCAGUACUGAUGACGAUGAAGAAGACAUCAUGAUUGAUGACGAAACUACACCCAGUAACCAUUCAGUCUCCGUCAAGGUAAAAUCUAGUCAGAAGCCAAAAAAAGACACACUGAUCACUAAAACGGGCAAUGAAGAAAACAAAUUCUUGCAAUAUCUGGAGUUGGACCCACCGCUGUCGUCCAAUAAGGAUGGCAAAAGCGGCAGAACUCCUUUCACGAUUACCAAACGGUUGUCGAAACCCUCGGGAUCCAGUUUUGGAUUUUCCAUAGCGUGGACACACCCCCCGAGGGUGGAAAGAGUGGAGUGCGGUUUGCCUGCGGACCAAGCGGAUCUGAAGCCUGGAGAUUAUGUAGUGUUUAUCAAUAAAACUAACGUAGUGAUGAUGGCUGAAGACGACGUCAUGGAAUUGAUUAAAUCGUGUGGAAAUCAGCUUUCUUUGGAAGUGUACAACAAAACGACGACGACCAACCGGAGGAAGAAUCAACCACCUCCGAGAUCUGCGUCCACUCCUGGCGUACUCAGCCUGGCAGCUGCGGCGGUCAGCCAAAGCGACACGACAGUUUCUCUGCAAGAGCCGCCCAGAAGACGAUUUCACAUACCUCAAGUGACGUUCACGUCCGAGAACCUAUCCGGCGAUAUGGACUCGCAACUGAGGUGGAUUCAUCAACUUCUCACGGCCGAGCAACAGUUUGUGUUAUGUUUACAAUUCGGUAUCGGGAGGUAUCUGUUGCCGUUGGCCGAACGCAAAGACGUGCUCAAGCCCAAAGAACACGCGGCGCUAUUUCAAAACGUUCAAGAGCUGCUGCGCACCACCGAAGACACCCUGGAGCGUAUAAUCGAUAACGACUGGAAAAUGUUGGCGCAGAACACGUGCAAGGCGUACGUGAAGAAAAUCGAUCAGAUCAACGGAGCCUAUUACAAAUACUGCAAGGGCAUCAUUCACGCGGAUUGCGUGCUCGUGGAAAAAAUACGAAAUUCCAGUUUUUUGGAACUGAUCAAAGACCCGCCCAUACCCGACCGUAGACCGGAUUUGAUCACGUUCAUCCACAAGCCACUGGAGCAUUACAGAAACGUAUUGAAAUGUAUGCAACUCAUUCAAAUCAAUACCGAACACGACGACGAAGGUUUUGAAGCGUUGUCACAUAUAGUCCACGAAAUGCAGACGACAUAUCGGUUCAUAACUGUGGAAUCCGGUCUGAUGGAACCGGAAGUGGACGGGAAGCCUUUACUGUCGCUCAACGAUUUAGAAGCCCGUUUGGUAUUCACUAGGUGCAAGCCGUUUACGUUGAACACGCCGGACCGCCACUGGAUAUUUGCUGGUGACCUGAGCCGCGUUGAAGGACGGUCCGUCAGGUCGUACUGGGCGCUGUUGUUCUCCGACAUUUUGUUGUUCACCAAAGUCAGCAGGGAUCGCGUGUUAUUUGUAACCGACGAACCCUUGCCGCUGUCCUCGAUUGCUCAAACACAGUUCUCCGUYAAGAAAAAAGAUACCGAAUUCCGGUUGGUAAUUAGCAGUGGGUCGGACACGACGUCGUGUCACAGUAGUCCGGCCAUGACCGGAUGCAGCCCUUUGUUUGCCGACCUGUCGGGCACUCUUUCGAGACUGCCGAAAAACAAAGGGAGAGUGAUCGUGCUCCGAGCGCCCAAGGCCGAACUGAAAGCUGUGUGGCAAAAUCUCAUCCAAAGACAAAUACUGACGAUGGACAAAAACUCAUUUGCGCCGGACGGUAAGUGUAGGGGACCGUCGUCGUUGGGACCACCGGACUCACCGGACGAUCUGUUGGCCAACUCGCUGGCCACGCUGGACGACGACGUGUACGCGGACAGGCUAAAGACGUUUGCCGCGUCGUUAGUGGACGAGAGGUGUCAGCGGAUGACCAAGAGCAGCGCGUGCAACAAGGGCAAGGCGCUGCACAUAUCGCAGUGGAUAAAAGGYGAACUCGGAGGCGGAUUGUUUGGCGGAGGCAGUUGUGCGGGUGUUGGAGGUGGCAGCAGCAGCGGAGGCGGUGGUUGCGAUGACGAUGACUUGGAACUGUGGACCGAAGAACAGAUGAACGCCAAACGGGCGGAAAUCGAACGUCGGUUGUCGUCAGCUGCAGCGGCCAGRGACGGUGUUGAGGCUAUAAUCGAGUAUGCAACUGCGGCGGAAACCKUGUCGGUAGUCAGCAGUCCGGAUGACAGUCAAAGAACCGUCGUGCCGGAAAACGUAUGUGACAAGUGUCAGAGAACAUGCGACAUCAACGGCAACCAGCAGACGGACRCUUUCCUCGACAUGAAUCCCGAAAACAAAUGGAAACCGUCCACAGUGUCCGUGUCCACAGACCUCAGUCCUUGUGAACCUUUCGGMAACAUUAAUAACAAUAACAAUUACGUCAAUAAYAAUUCCGGAAAUGAUAAUGAUAAUGUAUACGACGAUGACGAUGACGACGACGACGGACUCGAACCAGAUCGACCGUACGCUUUGCUCGCUUCCUCUCCACCACUACAACGUAGUAGUCAUCAACAUUAUCAACAACAACACCAACAACAAAUUCGACCACAACCCCGGUUUUCGUCAACGUGCAGCCUGGACAGAACUGGCACGAAUCGUGACCAUUCAACGGAUAGUCUAGACAGAGUGGAGUAUUGUUCAACCACCGACUACAGGUGGCCAGAAGACUUUUGUCCCGUUACAGCCAGCUGUUGUCUACCAACSGACGAAGACUAUAACUACGAUGCAUCGAGUGAAGAAUUCUGGGGAACGCCUAACAGCAGUACCACAUCGCCGCUGUCUGUCGAAGUGAAUUAUAACGAAGAAUGGCAAAUCGAAACGCCUUCAGUUGGAACGUCAUCUACGCCUAAAAAAAGACCGGCCCGAUUAGAACCACUGAUCGAAGAAAUCGAAUCGUCGGACAACACUCCGUCGUACGAAUAUAAAGAAAACGUUUAUGGAGAAGGUCAGACUCUGUUGAACUUUAAGACCGGGCACGUGACUGGGUCCAAAGACAAACACACUGUGGACAAAUCUAUCACCAAAAACUUAUUUAACAUGUUAUGGCGGACGUCCGGAAGAAAUCGUCCGAAGAGGACUUGCAGCACCGAAUCCAAAAUGGGAGCAAAUUUUAUCCGGAGACGACGCGUUAAGUCUGAAAAGUCAAAACAAAACAAAGAAAUCAAACUUAAUCUAAUCGAAAGCGUAUAUUUGUUACUCUUUGGUUAACUAUAAGUUUACAUAAUUAUUGGUAUUUUACUAUUUCAUUAUUACUGUUUUCGUGAAAUUUUUAUAUGAUAUCGAUUUGAUUCUGUAAAUCAAAAUUUAAUAUUCUGAAUUUUGAUUUUAAAUACCUAUCGAUUUAUAUACAUGUGGGUAUGUGGGUAUAGUUAAUUAAUAUAAAUUAUAUUAAAUUAUUCUGUUUGUAUCGAUCGAUCGGUAUUUAAAACUUAUUUAAAGRCCAGUGGCCAAAACCUCGCAGUUAACUAAUUUCAAUAUAUGUGAAUACGAUACAUUCAUAAAUYAAAUUUAGGUUUUAUCACAUUUUUUAAAAAUCAGAUUAAAACAAAAAUUAUACGUGGUUGUGCUAUGCUAAUAGACUGAUUUAAUAUUCAACUUUAGCACGUUUCACUAAAUCCUCACUGGUUUUACUUCAAAAAACUAUCUUAUUUUUAUGUAUAACGAACUWACCUCAAGUCCUUGACUCAUUAAAACUUUGUUAGAAUCUAUCACCAACCUAUUAUAAUUAAUCGUUGCGUUACAAUCAAUAUAUACACUUGUUGGCUGUUGUUUGGCUGUUCAAAAUAAUGUUAUAUUAUAAAUACAUAAGAAGAAUAAGAAAUCAUAUUUUAA